AUGUUAGACGCACAGAAAAAGGAACAUAUAAAGUAAUUGAUGGAGAUUACAAAUCGCUCUAAACUAUUGAUCAUUUCGAUUUUGAUGUACUUUUAAUGGGAUAAGGAGAAGUCGAUGGAUUUUAUUUUGAAUGCAGGCGAAUUUUUAAGUGAAGAUUUAGUGCCUUAAAACAGGAGACAAGCAGCUGAAAUUUUAUUGAAGUAGGAGUAAGAGGAGGAGGAAGAAGAAGAAUUAUAAAUGUAAGUUCAAUCUCAUGGCUCUAUGGAGGGAGAUUAUUUAUAAUAAAAUAAAGUAUAGACUUAAUCACAAUUAAAGAGUUUCAUUAAAAAUCCAGAGGCAAUAGAAUAAAUUGAUAAAUUUGAUUGGAUACAAACUAAAAAUAAAAGAAUAAAUUAAAUAAGGGACUUUCUACAAUAGAUAGAGAAUUAAGAGUGGGAAAAUAUGACAAUAAUUAAAGAAAGACAAUCCUUAUUAAGAGAUAGGAAAAAUGAAGGUUAGAAUGAUAAAUUGUAAUUACGUAUACAUAAGUCUGCAAUAGGAAUAAAAAAAAAUGAAGGGACUGGAUUCUUCAAUUGCAUUUAUUAGUUGCUUUUCUAAAAUCCAGAAUUAGUGGAAUCGAUUCUUAACAUGCCUAAUUUAAUUAAUAAGGAUGAUCAAAAUAGCUAAUAUAUAAAUGAAUUGCAAUAUUUAUUUUGCUCUUUCAUUUUUUCAAAUGAAAGAUUUGUUAAAGAUUCUAACCUUUUAGUCGCUGCCAACAGACUGAACAAAUUGAUAAUUAUUGAUGGUUAGAUAAACUUUGCAUAGCAACUUGAAAAUCAUAUGGAAAUUAUUAAUAAAUGUUUAUAGGAUAUAAAUAAAUAGAAAUAAAUUUCAAUAUUUGAUAAUUCAUUUUAAUCAUUUGCAGGCACCAAAAAGGGUGGAUAAAAAUCGAUUUACUUGAAAUUCGAAUAAGAGGAUAGAUUAUUUCAUUUAUCUUUGUUGAAACAGAUUGAAAAUCUUUAAGCACUUUAAUAAUAAUAACCUUUCAAAACCUAUUGGGCCUUUUAAAUAAACAGAAGGGAUAAAGAAUACCAAAAUGGCCAGAAUAAUAAUGUAGAUUAUUGGUUAAGUUAAAAAAUAGAUUUAGAAAUUCUAUUUCAUUCAGCUAAAACAGAUAAAUUUAUAUAGAUCUUUGAGAAUAAGCUCAAUGAGGAAACUAUUAAAGAAAUCAAAAAAUCAUAACAAAUUUAUAACUCAUUGCAUGUUGCCAGUUCUAUAAUAAGUGAAAAGGGUGUCAUAUAGGAAGAAACACUUUAAUAGUUAAAAGUUGAUAAGUAGGAUAAAGAGAAGUAUUUAUCAAAGUACUUACCGUUUAAUAUGAACUUAAUCCCGAGAGAAGAGAACCAAAAUUCGAAAUAUAGUUACUGUCUAUAGGCAACAGUCAUUGAAAUAAAAGAGGAGAAUGAUCACUUAUUUUACAUAUACAUCUAUAACUUCCAUGAAGAAUAAUGGUAUAGGAUGUGUGAUUUUCAAGUGUCUAUUGUGAGUGAAGACCUAGUCUUAAAUGAUACUCGCAAGAACGGAUGUUUUUUAGUCUAUGUUCAAUAGUAAUAGAUUUAAAAAUUGAGAGGAUAUUAGCAGAUAAUAUCUGAAAUAGUCAGAAAGGUGACAAUAAAUCAAGGAGUCAUAUCAAGGGAAAUUCUCCAAGGAAACCCACUUUUGAAUGGAUUAAAUCCAAGUCAUUUAGAAAGGAUUCAAAAUACUAAUAGAGCAAAUAUAAAGCUACUUGAUGAUGAGUUGAAUAGUGAAUUUAAUAAUUGA